GACAACGUGAUCGUUAUGAAUAAGCGGCGCCGCCAGUUGUUUGCCACAAACCUAUCCUCCACAACAUAGAUCACCGCUUCGUUUCAACGUUCAACUCCCACUGAAAGCCAUAAUGAGCAACCUCGACUGGGACAGCAAGACCGUCAUUGGAUUCAAGGCUAAGGCCCCAAAAGUCACCCGCAACACGUCAGACCUAAAUGCCGCGCGCAGAACAGGGGCUGUCGUUGCUACAGACAAGAAGGUCACCGCUGGUGGGAACAAAGCCCGUCCAGGGCCAGAUCACCAACGCAUAGCCAAGCUGGACCGCGAGAACGAAGUCGCUCCUCCACCGAAAGUCAACGCAAGCGUCGGCAAGGCUAUCCAAACCGCUCGCAUGGAGAAGCAGUUUACUCAGAAGGACCUGGCCCAGAAGACGAACGAGAAGCCUUCUGUGAUACAGGACUACGAAUCUGGAAAGGCUAUCCCUAAUCCUCAGGUCCUCGGCAAGUUCGAGAGGAUUCUGGGUGUCAAGCUUCGUGGUGCGGAUAUUGGAAAGAAGCUGGAGGGGCCGAAAAAGUCGUAAUUUGACCCCUCCGUCGUCGCAUGAUAUCGACACAUACCAGUGUGAAUUGCUAUCAUAUAUGUAGUUCUGUCUGUCGCCACUAGAUUUUUUUGCAAUAUUGUACUGGACAUCGUUUGCAAUUCUGAGCAUACUUAAUGAAAAUUGAAGGAAAAUAGA